AUGUGGGCCAUGGAAGAGCUCCAAUUGAAGGACUAUCAGAUGAGCUGUUUGGAGAAGGCGAAGCACCAGAACGUGCUGUUGGUUUUACCUCCUCAGAUGGGGAAGACCUUCGUCGCCUGCCAACUGGCGGAGUGGUACCGGAGCCAGGACCAACUCGUGGCGUACACAGCGCCCAAUGUGGAGCUCUGCCACCAGGCGGCCAGGUGCUUUCGGCAGCUGCCACAGGCUGCCGUGGCGACGGUCACCGGUGAGUGCCGCUGGGAAAAGGAGGAGUGGAAGAAGGGAUGCAACGGAAAUGACGUUAUCAUUGCGACUCCUGAAUGCUUUCGUCAAGCCCUGCAGUCCGCGUGGCUGAAUCCUUGCGACAUUGCACUCUUCAUUUUUGAUGAGUGCCACCAUGCCACGGGGAAAAGCCCAAUGGGCAUCAUUCUCAAGGAGCAUUUGCAUCCCUCCUCCCAUCCACCGCGUCUCCUGGCACUGACCUCCUGCCCAACGUCCUCGACAUCGCGGAAACGGGGCCGGGCUGCCGGCCACGCGGAGCUGGCGGAGUUGGAAGAGAUCUUCCGAGCUGAGCUGUGCUGGCCGAAGGUAGCCAAUGAUGCAGAGGAAAUGAUUGAGUCACCACUGCAAAGGAAAAGCUGGGAGAAGGUUCAUUGGGAUGCAGAUGACUAUGAUGCAAGCGCUGUCAUUGAACUUCUCCAACGUCAUUGGCAAAGUCUCAGCCAUGUGCUGGGCAUUGGAUCGCAGGCCAGAGACUUCCGAACCAUCGUGGACCGAAUGCAGAAGGUCCUUCAGCAGCUCGGCCGAGAAAAGGACAAGGAGAGAGCCUUGUGCGACAAUAUGGACAUGGUAGAGCACCGGCUGAAAGAGCUAGUGCCAUUGGUCAAAGAAUCUGCGCAGAAUCUGCCACGUGUGUCUGGGAAGGCGUUGAUGCUGCAUCACUUGCUCGAAGGAUUGGAGACUGCAAAGGCCGUGAUUUUCGUAAAGGAUGCAGCCGUCACCUUGCCUUUGGCCCAGGGAAUCGUUGAAAAUGUCGGGGUCAUGGCUGAAGCUUACUAUGCCCAAAGAAGAGACUGCGCAAAGAUCCUUGAUGACUUCAGGUCUGGGACAGUGCAGGUGUUGGUCUCCACAGUUGCUUUGGAGGAAGGCCUGGUACUUGACUGCAGCUGGGUGGUUCGCUUUGACCACUUCACCUCAACUCGCAGUCACGUUGCAGGCAGUGGCAGGGGCUCCAGUCGGAUUUUCUACUUCUGCAACGAUCCCAGCGAUGAGAUCCACCGAGCCUCGGAGCUGAACGAUGCCACGGCCCGGGCGGAACUGCGAGGGAAGCGGCAACGCCUUGACGUCCAUGUGCCGGAGGUGAGGUUAGCUGGUGCCACUGGUGCCCCCAUCUCACCUUUCUCUCUCGAAGCGAAGCACUAUGAGUGUCAAGCGGAUGAGAAGCUCAUGGAGAUUGAGCAGCUGGAGCUUCCAGGAGCACAACGCUUGCAGCAGCCGGCCACCGCGAUCAAGAGGCGAAGCCGCGAACGUUCGCGCAAAAAAAACACCAACUUCAAGAACCUCCUGCAGGAGCGCGUUCAGAAACUUCACCCUCGCACUCCUAUCAAAGAGCUGGUCAAAUACUCCUCUCAACAGGCCACUGGCCAAGUGGAUUGGCUUGCUGUGGUAGAGGUCCAGGCGGCAGGGAUGAAGCUGACGCAGCAGGGCGGGCCAUGCCGAAGCCGAAAGGAAGCAGAGCAGGAAGCGGCCGGAAGGGCUUUGGAGCGGCUGAUGAUGGCAGUGGACGGCCAUGCAGGAUGCUGA